AUGCUGACGAACUGAUACUUUUCUCACAGUAUUUACCUUUACCAUAAUUGUAAAGAUCUGUUUCUGAAUAUAUUGAUCCAGUCUUUUUUUUUCAGUCUGUGAAAUGCUUGCUCAAAAUGCCGGACGGCGUUUAUGGGGGCAAAACAAUAAUUUUAAAGGGCAGUAUACCUUCAAACGCUAUAAGAUUCUCAAUAAAUCUUCAAUGCGGUCCCAGCAUCAGCAUCACGGAUAGAGAAGACAUUGCCUUCCACUUGAACCCGAGGUUCAACAACAAUACGGUGGUCCUUAAUUGCUUCGAAAACAACCAGUGGGGUCUCGAGGAAUCCUUCGGAGGCAUGCCAUUCUCAAAGGGUACCUUCGAGUUGGAAAUCGAGUGUGACGAAUCGGCUUUUAAGGUGAACGUUCAAGGUAAACGCUUCUGCGAUUUCGCUCACCGCGUGCCGUACACCCGGGUAAAGGCUCUCACAGUGGACGGCGAUGUCAACAUUACGACAUAUGAACUUCUACCUAAAAAGGAGGAAGUUGAUAUGUCAAAGACUUCUCAGGUCCAAGAUCCAGAAGAAUCUAUUCCGACUACUGUCAAAAAUAAUGUUUGAAAACCGCAAUAAAGCAUU